CCGAGGGUUCCGAGGUGCCGCAGACGUUUCCAGAUCACCUGCUUGUCCUCGCCCCCACCCCCGCCAGUGAGCAGCGGUUAAAGAGUUGUUAAAGUCCGGUCGGUCGUAGUAGAUAAAGAUCGAGUAGACCACAUGAGUGCUCACGCCCCGCUCGCUUUUUAGCUUUAUGGAAUGAUUGGCAGCUGUCCGGGAGACGAGAGGGAUUUCGAGGUCGGGAUAGUUAACGCUGCUUGACCCGGAGCAGGUUGAGGAGUGAAGGGAUUUUGUGGAAAUCUGCACGGGGCCAGUGGGAAGCCCAUUAGCUGGGUGACCUUGAGGAAGAAGAGACACCGACUCUCAAUUUUGUCAUCAGGAAAACUAGCUAGGUUUCCUCAAAAAGGCCCUUGCGAUUUUGAAAUGAUUUGAUUUGUUCAGUGUGGUUGAAAAAUUAAGCUACAGUGUAGCCUGACACUCCCCCACCGUCCCUCCCUUUCCUGCAGGGCCUCCAGCACACAAUAAGAUACUUUGAUUAUAGAGAGUGGCUGUUACAUGGCCCCAGACCAAAGAAAGCAUUUAUUGUACGGCCAGCGCUAGGCCGAUUGGAGGUGGUAGAUAAAUACUUGCUGAAUGGAAUCGUGGAGAAUUCGUUGUAACCACGUCAACAGAACACUGUCACUGUAUAUGCUGGCCAGAUGUGGGGAAAUAGUUCUACCACACAAGGAACCGUAAUAAAGAUUUAUCCCAGAAUGUUUCUCCAGGACUAACCCAGAAACAUACCAUAGAACAUCUAGUACAGAAAGGUGAGCACAGACCCUACCUGGAUCAAGUCUUCCCUGGACCUGAAUGAUGACUGCUGAGUCACGGGAAGCCACAGGUCUGUCCCCCCAGGCUGCACAGGAGAAGGAUGGAAUUGUGAUAGUGAAGGUGGAAGAAGAAGAUGAGGAGGACCACAUGUGGGGACAGGAUUCCAGCUUGCAGGAGACGCCUCCUGCCGACCCAGAGGUAUUCCGCCAGCGUUUCAGGCGCUUCUGUUACCAAAACACUUUUGGGCCUCGAGAGGCUCUGAGUCGACUAAAGGAACUUUGUCAUCAGUGGCUGCGGCCAGAAAUAAACACCAAGGAGCAGAUCCUGGAGCUAUUGGUACUGGAGCAAUUCCUUUCCAUCCUGCCCAAGGAGCUCCAACUCUGGCUGCAGGAAUACCGGCCUGAUAGUGGAGAGGAGGCGGUGACCCUUCUAGAAGACUUAGAGCUUGAUCUCUCAGGGCAGCAGGUCCCAGGUCAAGUUCAUGGACCUGAAAUGCUUGCCAGGGGGGUGGUACCUCUGGAUCCAGUUCAGGAAUCCUCGAGUUUUGACCUUCAUCACAAAGCUCCCCAGUCCCAUUUCAAGCAGUCAUCUCGGAAACCCCGCCUCUUACAGUCACGAGCUCUCCCUGCCACCCAUGUUCCUGCCCCUCAUCAUGAGGGGAGUCCCAGAGAGCAGGCAAUGGCAUCUGCACUACUGACCGCAGAUUCCCAGGCUAUGGUGAAGAUUGAGGACAUGGCUGUGUCCCUCAUCCUGGAGGAAUGGGGUUGCCAGAACCUGGCUCGGAGGAAUCUUAAUAGGGACAACAGGCAGGAGAAUUAUGGGAACACAUUUUCCCAGGGUUGUGAAAACAGGAAUGAGAAUGAGGAGUCCACCUCAAAGGCUGAAGUCAGAGAAGACGCAGCAUCACGUGGGGAGACAGCAGGAAGAUUCCAGAAAGAGUUUGGAGAAAAAUGUGAACAGCUGGGCAAAGUUGUAGAAAGGCAGCAGAGAAACCCAGAGGAAAAAACUGGAAAAGAAAAGAAAGAUUCAGGGCCAACUACAGUCAAGGAAAAAAAAACCACUCCAGGAGAAAGGGGUCCGAGGGAGAAGGGUAAAGGACUAGGAAGAAGCUUCAGUCUGAGUUCAAACUUUAAUACCCCUGAAGAAGUCCCAACAGGGACGAAGUCGCACAGAUGUGAUGAAUGUGGUAAAUGCUUCACAAGAAGUUCAAGCCUUAUUCGCCAUAAAAUAAUCCACACUGGAGAAAAGCCCUAUGAAUGUAGUGAGUGUGGAAAAGCCUUCAGUCUUAACUCAAACCUUGUCCUACAUCAGAGAAUCCACACAGGAGAGAAACCACAUGAAUGUAAUGAGUGUGGCAAAGCCUUCAGUCACAGUUCCAAUCUCAUCCUCCAUCAGCGUAUCCACUCCGGAGAGAAACCUUACGAAUGUAAUGAGUGUGGGAAAGCGUUCAGCCAGAGCUCAGACCUCACUAAACAUCAAAGAAUCCACACAGGGGAGAAGCCCUAUGAAUGUAGUGAAUGUGGAAAAGCUUUCAACCGAAACUCAUACCUUAUUUUGCAUCGGAGAAUUCACACCAGAGAAAAGCCCUAUAAGUGUACUAAGUGUGGCAAGGCCUUCACCCGGAGUUCAACCCUCACUCUGCAUCACAGAAUCCAUGCCAGAGAGAGAGCCCCUGAAUACAGCCCAGCCUCACUGGAUGCAUUUGGAGCAUUCCUGAAAAGUUGUGUGUAAAGCAAGAAUUUGUCAUCAAGACAUUUCCCCAUUUUGUUUGUAAAAUUAUUUCAGUGAUAUAUGCCCAUGGAAGUGGGGGAAAAACCUCAACAGUUUUAAAAAAAAAAAUCGUACUUAAGGAUCCUUCUAGUUAUAUCAGCAGUGUUCUGCCUUUGUGUAAUAUGUGGGCAUGUAGCACUUCCACACAGCCCUUGCAGGGAAAAGUGAGUGAUAUGGAUAAUCCAUGCAACAUUUCCACAUAAGAUAAAAGCACACACAAUAAAAUGUCAAGCUUUUUCAGUAAUGAGGAUAUCUUUAAGGCACUACUGGACUCUCAGUAAUCACAACAUACAAUUGAAAGAUCAAGACUGGCUUUUUGAACAUGAUACUGAAGUUAAGAAGCUCCUUGCCACAAACAAGCUCUACUUGGCCAACAUCUUAUUUAUCUUUCAAAAGAGAAGGACAGUUAAGACAAAAAUUACAUUAGGACAUGCUGCUCAAGCUAGUUAUAUCUAUAUAUGAUAAGUUAUAUAUAUGAUCACUGGUAGCCUACCAAAGCUAUAGAAAUCUAGGACUGUGUUGAUAAGUAUCAAACCAAAGAUUUCUAUCUCUUCCUGAAAGAGAGACACGUGCACCAGUCUACAAUUCCAAAGGACUGCAACAAGUGUAGAUGGUUCUAUCCUCAUCACUGAUAUUAGUUCUACCGAAAUGACAAUUCAAAACACUUCUCUUCUUCAAAUCCCUAAAGCACUAUAGCACUCCUAAAUGCAUUUCUCCAUGUUAGCACUUGAUUGUAUACGGUCUCAAUUCUCCGUGGUUUCAUGUAUGGAAGUUAAUACCCCCAAAAGAGAUGCUCCAAUUGUCAAGGGAUAUAUUUAGAUCCCUGACUUACAGCACUGGAGAUGGUGCUGAGCCCUGAGGCACUCAUGACUGGUUUAUGAUGGGACAUUACAUUUAUGAUGAAGCCCUGUGAAUCACAAGUACCUGAAAAUUGGUAGCCUGGCCCAGUGUUUGAAGGGGACCUUCAGAGCCAGGAGGCUGCCAAAACCUAAGAUCAAUGCUAUUUUUGUCCUAAAUGGAAGUGAAAGGUACUGGUUAGCUGCCUGCAUAGAUUCUUUCUAAAAACAGAUCAGAGAGGUACCACAGAAUAUCAGAAAUGACUUAAUUAUUGCCAUCUUAAAAAUGAAUGCUAAGGUCAUCUUUUGACAACUUUCUGUUGCAGAGAUCUUAGCAAGAAUUCUUUUCAGUCAACUGCUGAACAGUGUGAUGGGCACUUUUGAAAUCAUUUGUAACGUAAAUAAUGUAAGUCAGAAGACGUGGGUUUUGUUGCUUUUCAGAAAAUGAAAAGUUGUAGGGAACAGUUUUUCCAUACUUUUCUAGAAACUUCACAAAAGGAUUUGUCACUAUUUGAGAAGUUUAGCAACAUACUAAGAUAUAGUUGGUUGUGUCAUACCUAUAGUGCACAUCUUUUCUGUUUCUCAUCAUUAAAGACUGAAGUGAGGUUAUGAAACUUUAAUCUUUCCCAUAAUCUGUUCAGGAGGAUGCAAUUGGCUUCCCAGAAACUAAGGAUGGGGUUGGUUUAACACAUAAAGGAGCCCCAAGUAUCAUGGGUUUUGUGAAGGCAUCAAGGACAUAGAUAGAAAUGGCUCCAAUCAUGUGGACAGCACUGCAGAAACUUAUAAAAACAAACUAAGAAACAAACCUGAAGACUAUCGUGACCAUCAUAUAACAGGAGAACCCCACCUGCAGUUUGAGAUUUUCCUCAAGAAACAGAACUGAAGCUAUCACUGACCAACAGCUAAAGUUCCUGAGAUUGUUUGCAGAACCAGUGAAGUGGGGGCACAUGUGGCCUCAGCUCCAGCUCCAGACUAAACUACAAUUCUACACAGCAGUUAUUCUUUGGCUUCUUUUUGGCUUUGUGAGUUGAACCAACCACAGCUUCCCUAUAGCUUCAAAGCCAUUUCAUCAGUUUUCCCUGGGAAAACUUCAAGUCAACAAGUUACCAGAAUAUUUCUGCCCAUCCAAUUUAAGAAAAACAGAAGAGAUACUGAAGGAGGAUGUACUUAAUAUAUUUUUUCUUUUUCUUUUCUUUUCUUUUUUUUUUUUUUUUGACAGUAAAGUGGAGGUAGAAAUGCUUUAAGAAUUUUCUUCAAAGAAAAUUGAAGCUACAGUUAUGGUUGCAUAGAAUGCUAGUGUUGCUUUUGAGAGGAUUGUUGCCCACUGGAAAGCAACUGAAAGUGUUUAAGUACAUAACUCCAGGCACUGAUCCAAACACUGACUUUUUUCUUAAGAAGAAAAGGACUUUAGUUGGUUCCACAUUUGCCUUUUUCUUUUAGCAACAACUAUGUGCUGACAUAAUUCAGCCACCAUUUGUUUUUAAAUGAAAGUUAUAUAUAACCUGUAUGCCCAUAUUUAAUUCCUGUUUGAUUGGGACAUCUUACUUUAUCAAUAGCCACUGGGGUUGCUUCAGAUCUUCAGCAUAUGCACUCCAUGAGGCAGCUAUUAGAAGAGGUGUUUUCUGAGGAAAACAGACUACAACUGUUUAUUAAAACCCUCUGCAUUGCAUUCAUUUAUCAAAUGCUCAGUACAAAAUGUCAUUGGGUCUUGGUCAGAAAUGCUGGUGACAUCUACUUAGUGCUCAGGAAAGUCAUUCAAAAGUUCUUGAUGGGCAGAAAUCUGGUGCCACAUUAAGUACUCAGUACUUAACCAUCAGCAUGCUAGUUGUCCUGAUGGAACUUUUUGAAGAGUUUCUAACAACAUACCUUAACCCUGCCAGGAAGAGAAGUUAAAAUUCUUCAAGUUGUGGGGUAUUUGUUUCUACUCUAGCCUGGUAGGCAAGGCUAAAACCUGAAACUAUAGACAUGAGACAUUUUGAUAUGUAAGGCACUUAAUACUUAGGUUGUGAAAGUGAAACUCGGCAAACUGUGUAGAGAGAUUAACAUGUUUGAUGUGUAAAAGAGUUCACAUCUCACACACCAGAGAGUUAUUCCAGAAAGGAACCUCUUGAAUGUGAUAAAUAUGGCAAAGCUCUUAAUCACAUCUCAACCCUUAACAUCAGAAAGCUUACAUUGUAAAUAAACUUUAUUAGUAUUAAAUGUGAGGAAAACUUUGAUGUAUAGCACUCAUUGCUUUGGACAAAACAAUUUCAUCAUUAUCUUCCAAUCAUGUAAUAAGUUUCAGAAACACUGCAGAGGGAGCUUAAGUCUUAACUCCAGAGGAUCCACAGAAGGAGGAAAAGAAAAAUGGGGAAAUGCUAAAGAAACAGCAACAUGUACAGCUUCUUACAAAAAUUGUGAAUGUUGGGUACUUCUGUAUAUUUUGUAUGACUAUGAUGUGUGUAUUUUGUACCUCCAGCCCCUGUUGUUACUCUGUAUAUUCCCUGUAAACAGAUUAUGUAUUUUAUUUUAAUCUAUUUGACAGAAUACUUCAUUCCAAAAGUGCAGUUUUGGAGUAAGUAGUGAAAACGUGGUUAUAGAAAAAACAUCAGUUUACAGAACCGAGUGGGAAAAGAAGUGUGAAGAAGAAACAAAAGCUCCAGUUUAUGUUUAUCAGAUCAAGAGGAGACUGGUAAAUUGUGAGGACAGGUUAAUAGGACACAAAAGUGGAAUAGUUCUAUAAACAUGAAGCAUCUGGAGCUUUUUUUUUAAAAAACCAGAGGUUGCCCUCUGAGCUGUCAGUCACCAUUGCAAGUAAAAGGAAUGGAUUCUCUUAGCUUGGGGUGGGAGGUGGGAAGAUUUUCUCUCUAAAAUGAAAAUAGGAAUUGUACUGGAAUGGCCAGUGGGACCACCUAACCUGACCCAACACUCUAAACCAUAGUCCUGCAUUCCCACUAACUACUGUGUCUUUAUGCUUAGAUUUGGGAUAGGAAAGCUUCAAGGUAGGUUCCUGAGUUCUUUGAAGUUAGGCACAAAGGAAUUGAGUGCAUCCAGUUGUGACAUUGCAGGAAGUUUGUCAGAUAAGCCUUGAGAAGCAUUUGCUACUUUCCUUUUGGUUGUGUUCUGUGUACCUUUCCUGUUCCCACUCUUCCCCUUGUUUAUGAUUUUUGUGAAGAUAGCUAUGGAAAAAUUUUUGGUUUUUAAAAGAUUUUGUUUUAGUUUUAGUUUUUAAUCCUGGAAUUGGUUGCCUUUAUCCAGGUAGUCAUACUGAUCUACUCCAAAGCCAGAUAUAACCAGUUUCAUCCCAUCAUCCUCAUGGAAGACUCUGAAUUGGAAUAACAGUACUGAAAUGUGGUCAGUGAUAGAUAGCAGUUACUUGCCAGAGGAGUCAUGUUAUCUGUUCCAUUCUGAGCAACUUCUCAGAACUAUUUAUGAAGGGGCUGGGGCUCCCCAUAUUGGGAAACCAAAUGAAGGUCUGCAGGUUAUUAAGUGUCAGAAAAGGGAAAGUUAGGAGAAAAGGAAAUUAAGUGGUAUAAAUAGAUCAUUUUGUAGAAGUUAGGGGUAGAUUUUUAUUUCACUUAACUACUGGAGAUUUUAAUAAAGAGCAUUAUUAUUGGAAAAGUUUUCCUAAUGUAGAUGAGGUUUUGUUUUUAGAAUGGAUACACUACUGUACAUUUAAAAGCUGUUAAUUAUUAUUCAGAUUAUAUCUGAAAAUGAAAUUACCUGUUUCACUUUUCAAAGCUUUGUCAAACAAACUUGAAGUUUUAGGGAGGUAAGCCAUCUCCAAUCCUGCAGGUCAAACAAGUUUGGGAAAUAAUUUUGACAUCCCAUAAUGCAGAAUGUCUUAUUGUUAGAAAUUGGUUUCAUACUUCCUGGUUCUCUUUACUAGUGGACACCACCAAUCUCAUGUUUUCCUCUGUUGUCCUCAAAUAGCACAAGGAAAAGAGUGGGUGUUAGGCAACUUCUAAACCAUGGACUGCUGUGAUCUUUUUUCUUUUUAACCUUGGAGAUUCUCCCCUUCAUUUACUGAUGAAUCAUGACCCACUGCAAAGUACACUGUAAUUAGCAAAGUUAAUUGGUCUUUAAAUUAUCUAACUUCAGCAAGCAUUCAUUAAUCAAUGAGGCUCACUGGUUUAAGGUAUAAAGGAUGAGACCUAUGAGUGAGUGAAAGGUGAUACUGAAAGUUGGAUUUUCUUCCAGUUUGAGAUUUAACUUUCUUUGGUCCCUGGAAGGGGCCAGACAACUUUGGUCACCUUUAAUCACUAUGGUUUAGCUUCCUGACAAGGUUGGGUGCAUCAGAAUAGGGGAGGGGUUACAAUUGUCCUAUGCCCUUGGCUGAAGAAGAGUUAAGGAGGCAGGAGAGAAACUUGGGGGUGUGUUGGGAUGAUUGUUUGCCUUCCCCUUUGCUUCCACCAGGUGAUAGCAUCCAGCUACUUUUUAAAUGUUUCAGUUUGCCCUACCACAGACAAAGCAUGUUAGACUUAGAGAUACUUCUGCUGGUAGCAGGGGUCCCUACUUGAAAACAUAUAUGAGGGGGGUGGGGUGGGAGGAAGCAGAUUGUGAUUGUGCAGGAAAAUCUUGUUCUAAAUAAAGAGUUUAAGGGCAAGGGGUGGGUUAUGCAAGCAGAAUCAGUAAUUAUUUUAAAAUGAGCAUAUGUAUUUUUAUUAACUUUUAGUUAAAUAUAGAUUAUUACAACCAGGUCAACAUGAUAAGCCUAAAUAUAUAGAGAGCUAACUCAGGCAUUGUCUUUGUAGACUAGUAAAGCAACCCGUCUUGUCAGUUCCCAGCUUCUUUGUUUAGAGUUAAAAUAGACCAAAAGAAGAAAUUUACUUGUCUUUGUAUACCUGCAGAAUUAAAUUAUUGCUGUUAAGAACUAGACUUUUCAUUUUACUAGUCUGAAGAGUCCAGGUGCUUGGUAGAUGUUCAAUAAAGGGUUUUUAAAUUGAAUUUGUGCAUUUAAAAUACUCAUUAACAUUUCUAGAAGAGCUUCUCUUAAUAAAUAAUGGAACCAGAGGGAAAGUGGUAUGUUCUUUAAAAGCUGGGGAACUCCUACAACAAAAAUAAUUUGAAGCCUUAAUCUAAGACAAUUUCCAAAUGUAACAAGAAAUGGCAGCAAAAUGACAUUUGUAUACACACAUAAUCAGUGGUCCAUUUUAGAGGCCGGUGGUAUCUGACAAAUGUUGGCGUAAUGAGGUCAGGAAGGAAAUUCUGGAAAUUUGUAAUAAGUAUUCCUUUAUGUUGUUUCUGUCUUAGAUCAUGAUAAAAGAAUAAAUUAUCAUCUGUAGGUGGCA